UGUUAUCGUCUCUUCGUAGAUGAUUUGAGUUUUGUGGAUAUCUUUUGCACGUCCCGCCAGGAACUGCCAACCCCACUGUUAGCGGCGAUGAAAAGUUUAAAACGGCAAAAGGAUAUGCAGGAGAAAGUCCUUGGUUCGUUUUGGAGGGUUCAAAGCCUCCAAUAUGCCGCGAACUAAUGGACAACUUUUGCUUGCCGAACGAGCAAGGGCCUGGAAGAAAAGUCUUCACUUACUCGCUACCCAGGACUACUACUUGGAUCCUUGUCUUCCAAGCUUCGAUUCGGCCCCGGAGAUGUCUGGUCCGCAGGAGAUUCAACGACCGAGCACGCUAAAUACGAGGCUAGGGACGCUGAGGCCAGAGCACUGCUUUUUUUUUCCGUUUUCCACCCAAAAAAGCCAAGUGGUGGAGUCUCCAAUCAGAGCUCACUGGAUGGAGCGCAAGUCCAUGGGUCAUAACUGGGUAUCUGUCCCUUUAGGAUCAAACCUUUUGCAUCCUCAAAAUGAGCGACAAAUGAAGCCAAGGGGAGAUUCUGUCAUUUGCUUUUUUCAGGCCUGUUGGAUUGGCUCAUUGCCAUUGGUGCUUUUUCGCCAUUAUGCCUGUCGAAAGGACUGGUUUGAGCAUCAUCUUGAGGUCCUCAGAUCGAAUGACAAGAGCUGGACAGCUGCGGGACCAAGACUGGUUGAGCUGAUCACAUCAUCGACAGUUAUGGCCCCACCAGUCAUGAAAGACAGGACAGCUUGAGAGCAUUAAAUCCAUCUUUGAUUAUGCAGUAUAGUCAUACGAUGGACUCAACUUGGAUUGAAUUGCAACAAUUCAAUGGAACCAUCAUCUUCAGUGUCAUUUGUGCUAAGAGGGAAGAACACAACUGAUGUCGUGCAAAGUAUUAGAUCAAUAUAGAUCACGUGAUAUACACCGAAUAUCAGCUGUCCUACAAUCAAUCAACGUUCUCUUGGCCCUCAUUCAUUGACAUCUGGAUUGGAAAUGCACAUUAGGAGGAUCCUCCUACUACCUACAACCCAUCUUUGAGCUCAAACAUUUGACUCUCUAACUGUUACUGAACAACAGAUACGCUCAGCAAACUCGCCAAUAAGCCUGAGGGUGGUAUGUGCAAAUCACCUUCCUUUUUCUGUGCAUAU